GUUGAAACUUCUCCUCCUGCCGACUCCUACCGUCCGCCACAGCCCGCCUGCUGUUCCCCUCAACCCUGCUAUCUCACACAGUCCCGUGCUAUGACGCUGGUUUGGGAAGCAAGCUCGGAAACAACUGUAUGAGCGCCACGCUGGUCGACACAGAGUGAGACAGGCUGCUCCAACAAAGGCUUCUGGAUGCAGUGUCUCCUGCAGCUCAGGUGAAAGAGGACAAGCAGGUUGUCAGGAUGAAGGAGGAGAAUUUGUUCCAUCGGAGGUUUUCUCUGUGCCCUAACGCCACCUCCCCACCCAAAAUCGACCCCCGAACCCUCACCCGAAACCUGUCUUAUGGAGGAGACAACGACCUCUACAACCUCAGCCCAGGCAGUGACACAGACAGGAACGGUCUCUCCAUGCUGAGUAAUGAACUUAGUCCUGCCCAAUCACCAGGCAGCAAGUCUGAGUCCAGGAUGUUUAAUGGUGUUGAGAAGGACUGCCCCUCCCCCACAGAGAGACUGGCCCGGAAGGAGUCUCUCAAGGUCCAAAAGCAGAAUUACAGGCAAGAGAAGAAGCGGGCAGCAAAAGAAAUGUUUAGUGCACUAAAGGAUCCCAGUGUUGUCAUCAUGUCCGACUGGCUAAAGAUCCGUGGCUCUUUAAAGAGUUGGACCAAGCUGUGGUGUGCCCUGAAGCCCGGAGUUCUUUUAAUCUAUAAGACCCCCAAAUCAGACCACUGGGUGGGCACCGUCCUGCUCAAUGCGUGCAAGCUGAUUGAGAGACCCUCCAAGAAGGACGGUUUCUGCUUUAAGCUCUACCACCCGCUGGACAAAUCCAUCUGGGCUGUCAAGGGUCCCAGAGGAGAGAACGUCGGCUCCAUCACGCAGCCUCUUCCCAGCAACUACCUGAUCUUCAGAGCAGCAUCUGAGUCUGACGGGCGGUGCUGGAUGGAUGCCUUGGAGCUCGCUCUCAGCUGCUCCAGUCUCUACAAGCUGACAGCCAAAGGCGGGAAAGAAGGAGAUUUCAGCACGUCUUCCGAGUCCUCCCAUAUACUCCACCUGCUGCAGUCGACCGCACUCACUGAUGCAGAGCUGCUACAGUUAAAUGACACCGUGCUGCUGGGCAAUCACCACAUGGAGCACGAUGCCUUUUCAGACAAAUCGGAGCGUGAGGCUCACGAUGACUGGUACACUGCGGCCAAUGAGAACGGUGGAAGAGUGACAGAAGAGAGCGACAUGGACCAAUCAGACGAGCUGUCCCCCGGGCCACAGGCCACAGCCUAUGUAGAGCAGAGCACAGAGGAGAUGGCUGAAGCUGGGGAGGCGUCCCAGGUGGAGACUGUAUCGGAGGAGAACAAGGGUUUGAUCUGGAGCCUGCUGAAGCAGCUGCGGCCGGGCAUGGAUCUGUCCAAGGUAGUGCUGCCCACCUUCAUCCUGGAGCCCCGCUCUUUCCUGGACAAGCUGUCUGACUACUACUACCACGCUGAUCUGCUCUCACAAGCUGCACUGGAGGAGAGCGCGUACGGUCGGAUCAAGCAGGUGUUGAGAUGGUACUUGUCUGGUUUCUACAAGAAGCCAAAGGGUCUGAAGAAGCCUUACAACCCAAUCCUGGGGGAAACGUUUCGCUGCUGCUGGCUUCAUCCUCGAACCGACAGCUGCACUUUCUACAUAGCUGAACAGGUGUCCCACCAUCCGCCCAUCUCUGCCUUUUAUGUGUGCAAUAGAAAGGAUGGUUUUUCUAUUGGUGGGAGCAUCCUGGCCAAAUCCAAGUUCUAUGGCAACUCUCUGUCAGCUAUUCUGGAAGGCAAAGCCAGGCUGCUGUUCCUGGGCAGGGACGAGGAGUAUGUCAUCACCAUGCCGUACGCUCACUGCAAAGGUAUCCUGUACGGCACAAUGACACUAGAGCUGGGUGGGAAGGUUACCAUUGAGUGUGAGAAAACCAAAUGUUUCACAGAGCUGGAGUUCAAACUCAAGCCUUUCCUUGGAGGCUCCUGCUCUGUGAACCAGAUCAGCGGCAAGAUCUUUGUGGGAGAGGAGCUCCUGGCCACCGUUGAUGGACACUGGGACAGUGAGGUGUUCAUCAACGAGAAGCGCUCGGGCCAGCAGGAGACGUUGUGGAACCCGAGCUCAGACAUUCGCAGCAGCCGCCUCAAAAGACAAGUGGUCCAAAUAGAGCAGCAGGGAGAGUUUGAGUCUGAAAGACUGUGGCAGCAUGUGACCAGCGCCAUCAUGGAUCGGGACCAGCUGCGGGCCACUCAGGAGAAGUUUGUGCUGGAGGAAGCUCAGCGGGGAGAGGCGAGGGAGAGAGGAGACAAACCCUGGACCUCAGGACUUUUCCAUCAGGACCCAGUCACCUCAGAGUGGACCUACAGGCACAUGGACACGCGGCCGUGGGACUCAGAGCGCUGCCUGGUUCAGUUUGAGAAGGACGGAGUGGUUCAGACGCACGAAAAAAGCCAGAGGCAACACAACGGACUCUCCUACAGCCACAGCUGGGCCAGCCAACAGAAGGCUGAGAUGAAUGGGAAACGAAGGAAGGCCAGCAGCCAGCCGUCCAGCUGCAGCCAGAACACUGAGAGCAGCAGCACCACACCAGAACCCACGCACGAGUCCUCGGACAACGAAGGAUUCUCAAACCAGUGUGCACGAUGCAAUAAAGAGGCGAAGGACAUCGCCCUGAUGGAGGCCUCCAUCACAUCCAUACAGAAGACACAGCAGGACAUCCAGAGGAACCUGGUGGCUCUGAGCCGUCAGCUGACUCGUCAGAGGGCCACAGACGACAGCGUGUCGCUAACAGGCCGUCACUGUCUCAUCCUCUGUGUCCUGCUCCUCUCACAGCUCCUCCUCAACUACGUCUUCAUCUGAACUCUUAAGGGAGGAGUUUCCCUCCGGCACUGAUCUGGCACCAGAUUUCUCCAAAAAAAAGCACAGACUCCAAUCAGCAGAUGAGGGCAGAGACCUCAGAUCAGUGCAAGGAGGACAACUUUGUCCCUUUUUUGUUUCCUCUGAGGGGAGGAGCACGGACAUUAAAGCAAUAAACACAGCCACAGCCACCGCCUGUCAGUCAUCUGCAGAGAGGAACAGCACACCCUAGUGUAGCCAGACUGAAACAGCACCGGCACCCACGCACUUUGGACAGGAAAGGAGGGAUGAGAGACGAGCGCGGCUAAAGCUUUUGAAAAAAAAUAAAAUGUAAGAUGAAGAAUGAUUUUGCAAAUUGACAGAGGAUGUUUCACCAUUCCUUAGUAUCUUUUUAUAUUGCCCUGCAAUACUGUUUAUCUGUUAGUGUGCCUGUAUGUGUGUUGUUCGUACCUACAGUACAGUAGGCAGAUCACAGCUUGGACUUCUCCUACUCCCCUUCCACUCCAGAUUUGGGCCUUAAUGCUGAAGCCAAAAAGAAGAAGAAGAAGAAGAAGAAGAAGAAGAAGAAGAAGAAGAAGAAGAAAAACACAACAAACAAACAAACAAGAGUAUCUUCCAACAGUGCAAUUCUGUGUGUUUUGUAUUGAUGUACGCUCAAAUACACUCCGUCUCGUCUUUUAAUGAUGAUGAUUUUACCAAAACAGUAUUUAUAAUCCGAGAGGACAAAGAGUACUUGUUUACAGGGAGCACUGUGUGUUUGUAGUGACACAUAGGAAGGAAGAUAAUGGGAAGGAGGCAGGUCAGAGAGCCACACAGUGUCUUUGUAUUUGUGUGCCUGUAGUACAGAAGUGAUAAUAGCAUAGCACUGUUUUUUGGUCUAGACCACGACACUAGUGUGUACACAAUCAGUUACAUGGAGCGUGGAGGGAGGGAAUGAGUGAAAAUACAAGGAACAUUUGAAAUCUUUGGCUUAAUAGGAGUUUGUGUGCAUCUUGGUCCACACCACGUUCAAGUGACUGUUUUAAGAUGUAAACACUUGUAAGAGUUUUUUCUUUUCUUUUUAAUCAAUUUGUAUAUAUUUGUCUUGAGGUCCGUGUUUCAAAAAGAGAUUUCAGAAUGUAUUUAUUGGGUGAUUAACCUUGACUUUCCUAAUCUGAUUCAGCUUGGAGGACGGAGACCAGGGACGACAAUCGCUCUCCCAGGGUGUGGUUUUGUGUAUGUUUGUGUGUGUGUGUAUGUGUGAGGGAGCACAUGUGUGCAAGUAAGCCAUUACAGUUGUGCUAUACAAAGCCAGAUCUGUGAUCUUGGGUUUUACUGGUUUUUAACACUUGCAUUUCAGUCUCCAUUGCCACUACUGAUCUACCCAAUGGGAGAGAAUCGGAGAGCACAAGAAAGAAGUCGACUCUUUGAAUGCUUUUAUUUACACCUUUUGAUUUGUUCUUUUUAUUCUUUUCCCGUUUUCUACUCUACUGCCAUGUUGUGGGGAUUCUACAUGCCAGAUAUCUUUGUCAUAAGAACGAUACUACAGAGAACAUGAUGUUGCCCGAUGUUUUCGUUCAUACCUGUUGCGUACUGUAGCACUACAGUAAAACAUUUUAACCCUGUCA